GAAGGGAUGUCGAUAAGAAACUUAUCCUCUCCCUUUAAAUUCUUCCUCCAGGAGGCUCUUUCAACCCUCCACCACUCCGCCAUCCCCACCAUCUUCUCGAUCAGUUUCGAUUCAAACUCCUCCUGAAUUCUUGCCUUCCUUCUUGUUCGACGACCCUUCUCUGCACAAAUCUCAAAUCUUAUUAAGAUCUUUGAAGAUGGUCUUGUGACUAUCUUUCGAAUCAAGAUGUUUCUAUAGCUCUCUCCCUGCGUGUCAUGAGCUCAAUCACUGCUGUCUCUCUAAAUUUCCUGUCUCAUUCAGUCUCCGUUGUGUUGCUGUAUUGGUUCUACGUGUUUUCAUGAACCUGAUCUGUCCUAAAUAAGUUGCAUUCGUAUAUUUGUGUCUCGCCAUCCACCUGUUUGUCUUGGCUUUUCACUCGCUGUCGGAUCGAUUCAUUUGACCAAGAGCCCACGAAGUUAGCGAACCCGAAGGAUGAUGUCCCUAACACAAGGGAGCUCGGGGUCGGAUGCCGAUGUCCGGUACUUGGGGACGGACGAGAAGAAGAGGAAGCGGAUGCUGUCAAACCGGGAGUCGGCGAGGCGGUCGAGGAUGAGAAAGCAGAAGCACCUCGAGGACCUGACGAGGGAGAUGGGCGCGCUGGAGAGAGAGAACCGCGAGAUCAUCAAGGCGUACAAAGAGAAGGUGCACGGCCACCUUGGACUCCAGUCGGAGAAUGAAGCCCUGCUUGCAGAGAAGGCAGCACUGAUGAAUCACCUGAACGGCAUGGAAUCGAUGAUCGGAAGUUUCAACAAGAACGGGCCAUGCCAAAGGUUCAGUUCUGCGGUCCAAGAGCCGUGGCAGGUCCACAGCUCAUCGCAACAGAUCAUGGCUUCUGCUAGCAUGUCUAGGAUUUAGGUGACGUCUAAUUCUCAUGUUAAGGUGUCUGUAGCUGCCGCCCACCCCAGUACAAGUCAUUGUUAGGCUCACCUCUUCUGUCUGUCAUCGUUGCUCAUUCCUUCGUUGUUCUUGAUUGCGUGUGUGAAAGAUGGGAAGAUAUGUCCGUGCUGAUAUUUGACUGCAUCGGAGGCAGCAUGCUGCUUUGUUCUAUCUUUCAGCUAAACUACACGAUUCAUAGAUGCAAAUUGAUCUCAAAUCAUUACCAGUUUGAUUAU